GUUGUCACGACAGUGCUCCUCCAGUGCCUCUCUUUAGCCAUUUGUUUUGUGUCUUUUCUUCAAAUAGCAAAAUCUUUUCGUGGCUGUCACCGGUACCAUCGAUGCACUGGAGGUCAGACAGCUAACCCAAUAACAAAGGGGCUUGAUGCCACCCACUCCUGUACUGUCCAGCCCAGGUCCCAGGUGUCAGCAUGGAUGAAGAAACUCUGGAGGCAGCCAUCUCUACUUAUGUGGCCCAGUUGCAGCAGGUGGAGUUGGCCCUGUCAGCUGGGCUGGACCCCUCCCAGCAGUCUGACCUGCUCAAACUAAAAGAGGACCUCAGUCAGCUGAUAGAGCUCACAGAGUCAAGCCUGGUGUCUGUCAAAAAGAGUCGACUUCUGGCCAGCCUGGAGGACAGCAAUGGACUGCAGGCAAACACGUCAGAGGCAGCAGCUGACACAAAUACUGUCGGUCUUGAUGCUGAGUUUUCUGCUUUCUACUCAGAGCUGGAGGAGCCCUCAGGUAGUAACUCUAAUAGCAGAGAGAGGGAAGGUGGGGUGGAUGAUGGUGAAGAGGAGGAAGAAGAGGAGGAGGAUGAGGAAGAUGCACUUAGUGGUACCAAAGUAAAAGCGCCCUAUCGGACAACGUGGGGGACGCUGGAGUAUCACAAUGCCAUGGUGGUGGGGUCAGAGCCACCAGAUGGAGAAGAGGCACAAGUCAGAGUGUUGUACGUCUAUCCCACCCAGAAGUCUAUGAAACCUUGUCCUUACUACUUAGAGGACAAAUGUCGCUUCCUGGAUAAUUGCAGGUUUUCCCAUGGUGAGGUGGUGUAUGUGUCAGAGCUCAGAGAAUUCCUGGAGUGUGACCUCAGUAAUCUUGAAGAAGGAUCGUCUUGCUUGGCACGACACGAGGACGGCAUCUGGUACCCGGCCAAAAUCACAGAAAUUGACAGUGGCUUCUACACUGUGAAGUUUGACUCACAGCUGAUGAAAGACGCUGUGGUCGAGGCCGACUGUGUUAUCCCGCCUUUGAGAGAAGACGACCCGCUCUCCUCUGACUCGGACCUAGACGAUGAGGAUGAUGCAGCCUAUGCAAAAGUUAUGGACUCUGCUGAAUCCAUAGUCACGUUUGAUACUUCUCAUUUUGGUGGCUGGGAGGCACAUACAAGAGGCAUCGGAUCCAAGCUUAUGCUUAAAAUGGGCUAUGAAUACGGGAAAGGUUUAGGAAAGAUGCAGGAGGGUCGAGUAGAGCCAGUGAUGGCGGUGGUCCUACCCAAAGGAAAGUCUUUGGACCAGUGUGCCGAGUUAACCGGGAGACGCACCCAGAGCAAGGCUGCAAAAGAUGGCACGACGAAGGGCCGGCCAAAGCGGCGCCGAAAGCCUCGAGGCUCCUCCGGAGGGCGCCAAAAUGUUUUUGACUUCCUCAACCACAAACUAGGUAGCAAAGGCACCAAGUCUGCUGAGGGGGGUGCUGCUGUGCCGUCAGCAGCGAGGGGGGUGGAGGCGUACAGGGGAGGGAAAAGCACCAAGAGGAGUCUGAAUAUGAGGGUGUUCCAGGCUGCUGAGCGAGUGUCCCAGACCGAGAGAGAGAUCCAGAAACUGACUCAAACACUCAGCAGACAGACGGGCAGGGACGCAUCCAGAGUGAACCAACUGGAAGAGAAGCUGUCAGCGGCCCGCCGGCUGCUGGCCCAGCAGAAAGCCCAGGAGCUGUCCAUCCAGGGAGAGAACAGGAAGGCUGACACACACAAGAAGAUGACCGAGUUUUAAAAGUCACUUCUCUCAAAGACUCGGAGGAUAAGGGGAAGCACUGCCUCCCUGAAAUGAACUUUUGUCCUUUACCUGCUGUCAGUUAUUUACUACACUGUUUUUUAAAAAACAUUUUUUAGCAUUAUUCCUCACCGCCAUCACCGAUUUGAGGUGACGGUGAAGCCAACUUUCUGCAUAAAGGCUCAUGUGCUAAAGAUCAUGUGUUUUUAAUUUUAAAGACUGAGCAGUUUAUUGUCUGCAAACAAGAUUUUUGGUUUCAAAUUGUGCGGUUCACAAAUAUGUUAUGAACUAAGUUUUAUUUGUAAUGAACAUUUUGUCUCAGUGCAUUUUUAUUUCUCAGCACUAAAAAAAACCCCUUCGUUUGGAGAAUA